CAAAUGUUUCUCAACUCUACGGUACGUGAAUGUUCCCAUCUUUUUCUCGACAAAAAUCAUUCAAGGAGAGAGUGUAUUUCACUGGCCCAGCAACAAUGAACUGUAAUGACUCUUCAAGUUUCUGCUCACUGGUGGUGAAUAUAACGUCGGCUGCUAGUUCAUUUAUUGAAGCUUGCCCUGUAGCUGGGAUGUUUGGUAUUUAUAGUACAUCACCAUAUAAUAGCCACCAACUGGAUCUGUUGUACCUAGGAUGGGUUUGGUCGCUUGUGUACCCAGUCAUCUUAACGAUGCUCAUCUUACCAUUCAUGAUAUUACUUUUGCUGUAUGUUUCCGCACUCUUGCUCUACAUAUAUCGUAGGAGACAGAAUGUGUAUAAUGCAUUACAUGAAACGAUAGAGCACCGUGACCCAUGGGCUGGAGGCCGAUACCUAAUAUCUCUGGUAUGGGAUGCCCAUGGCUACAUAUGGCAUGGUUACGAGGUGAAGGGUUUGGAGAAUCUGCCCGAAGAGGGUCGUUGCCUGAUUAUCUAUUAUCAUGGUGCCAUUCCCUUAGACAUCUACUACCUGGUGGCUCGAACUAUUUUAGUCAAGGGACGACUCAUACACUGCGUGGGAGACAGAUUAUUGGAGAAAGUACCAGGUUGGAAGGUUAUAUUAGAAGCUUUCGACAUAACUCCAGGAACCAUUAGUUCAUGUAUCCAGACACUGUCUGAAGAUCACAUUCUCUCUAUAUCACCUGGAGGUGUUCGUGAGGCCCAGUUUUCAGACCACAACUAUCAACUUAUGUGGGGCAAACGUGCAGGGUUUGCUAAAGUAGCCAUUGGGGCAAAUGCACCCAUUGUUCCCAUGUUUACUGAAAACCUGCGUGAGGCCUUCCGCACAGUGUCCUGGCCGCAAAAAUUGUGGGUUACUCUUUAUGAAAAAUUAAGAUUUCCGUGUGCUCCCUUAUACGGUGGAUUUCCAGUCAAGCUACGGGCUCAUCUUGGUAAGCCAAUUUACCAUAAACCUGGUGAGAGUCCAGAAGAGUUGGCAGAAAGAGUACGUGAGGCAUUAGAUAACCUUAUUCAACAAAAUCAGAAACUUCCAGGCAACAUAUUGAGAGCUUUGUUAGCCAGGAUAUAUGAAAGCCCUAAGGAAGAUUAGUAAGUGAGACUACUUAAACCAAAGAUAUAAAUAGUAAAACUAUUAGUGUUUUCAAGGUACUGUAUAUUUAUACAAAUUAUUUUGUCAAAUACUAUGAAACUUUCUGCCCUGGUCAUCUAUACACAGUUUCCUCAUCAUUCAAGUCCAGCAACUUGGGCUGGACGGUAGAGCAACGGCCUCGCUUCACACGGGUCGGCAUUUAAUCUCCGAACCAUCCAAGUGGUUGGGUACCAUUCCUUUCCUUUGUCCUAUCUUAAAUCCUUAUCUUGAUCCCUUCCCAGUGCAAUAUAGUUGUAAUGGCUUGGCACUUUCUCAUGAUAGUUCCCUUCCCCUCACCAUCUUUCGAAGAAAUGUGACUUUCCAUCUAGCAUAAUGCAUGUAUCAAUAAAGCAGCAGGUGCUGGAUAUUUUGCUCAAGCCCAGUGACUUCUAUUAUUUUGAUUAGAUGCUUAGUAUUGUCAGAUAUAUCACACUCAUAAAGAAUUAUGACUUAAAGGACUUUAUAGACUUUUUUUAUAUACUGUUAAUAGAUUGCUGCCAAAAACCUUUGAAUGUUAAAAUAUGGAAGUUGAGGAAAGUUGCAUUUUUGGGCUGAAAAUGAGAUGCUUGGGUCUUAGCAAACCUAUAAAUACUUAAUAUAUUGUGUGUGUGUGUGGUAUGUAUGUAUAUGUGUAUAUAUUUAUGUUUCAUUGAAUACGACUGCAUAUUCUGUGUUGAUUAUUUUCUUGUUUAGGGCUUCUAUCUCUCUGACUAAUGCUCUUG